AUGCCGCAUGAUUGCAUGACCUGUUCUGCCACGUCAGCAGCGCCUUCGCCGCAAGCAGCAGCUGGACGACGGUCCGGGGAGCGCAUUGGCGGAAGAAGCCCCGCGGAAGGCCAAGAAGCGCGCUGGGGGCGCUGCAGCGGCCGCGGAGGGGUGAGCGGAGUGGGAAGAAGGGAGGGGGAGGGGGAGGUGGACGUGGGGGAAAAAAGAGAGAGGGGGGGGAGAUGGGAUGCAUUCCCGUCGCAUCCCCGUCGCAUCCCCAUCGCAUCCCCCAUUCGCCCUCUCACGCGCCUUUCCCCUUUCCCCCGCCAUCCGUCCCCCUUUCCCCGUCCCCUCCCCCCUCCUCCCCCGCACCUCCCCCUUACCAGAGCCGCGCAACCGCAGCCGCAGUUGGACACGAUCCCUGCGCAGCUGCCCGCGCAGAUCCCCGAAACCCUCCCCAACGCCGCCACGCUGCUCGACCCCGUCCCCAUUGACAUCCCCUCCGCGUCCGACCAGCCGUCCCUCUCCACCUCGUCGCCCCUCUCUGCGUCCCCCGGCGGCCCCGCGGACUCCCCCGCGGACGAGCUGGCGGGGCUGACCCAGAGGGUGGCUAAAAGCGUGCGGGACGUGCGGGGAUAUGCGAAGCUGAAUAUUUCGACGGCGACGGUGCAGCAGGUGAGCCACGCCACGCUGCUCGACCCCGUGCCCAUUGACGUCCCAUCCGCGUCCGACCAGCCGUCCCUCUCCACGUCGUCACCCCUCUCCGCGUCCCCCGGCGGCCCUGCGGACUCCCCCGCGGAUGACCUGGCGGGGCUGACCCAGCGGGUCGCCAAGAGCGUGCGGGACGUGCGGGGAUAUGCCAAGCUGAACGUGUCCACUGCGACUGUGCAGCAGGUGAGGGGGGGGGACUUCUGGUUGACUCACAAGUCACGAGCUGGGCCAAGAGCGGACUCCCCCGCGGACGACCUGGCGGGGCUGACCCAGCGCGUGGCUAAGAGCGUGCGGGACGUGCGGGGGUACGCCAAGCUCAACAUUUCGACGGCGACCGUGCAGCAGGUGAGCGACAAGGUGCAGCAGGAAGAUCACGACCUGGCGGGGCUGAGCCAGAGGGUGGCUAAGAGCGUGAGGGACGUGCGGGGGUAUGCGAAGCUGAACGUGUCCACUGCGACCGUGCAGCAGGUGUGCGAGAUGGUGGACCACAGCCUGGCGCCAUGGACGCGCAUCCCACAGAUCCGAGACGGCAUGGGCGCUGCCGGCAUGGUGGCUCCCAGCCUCAUCAAGACCAUCAGCCAGCGCCCAAGGUUCAUGUCAUGUGCGGGCCACGUGAGGGUGGUGGACGGGUCGGUCUAUUUCCGGCUGGGCAAAUUCAUCACCAUCCCCUACCGCGUCAGGCGUUUCCUGCAAAUUGUGCAGACCAUCCAGCGCGCAGUAGACUUCUACAACCUGGCGGCCGUGCGGGCGGAGUUUUUCGUCAACACGUGCGACCUGCCCAUCAGCUACGACAGCGACGUGGGCGGCAGCCGCCCGGUGGGGUUCCCCUUCUUCUGCACGCGCGUGGUGCCCGGCUCCGUGGACGUGGCCAUCCCUGACCCCCUCGACUUGCUCGACAAUAUGGAUCUACCUGAGAACGUUGAGGUGCCGUGGGAGGAGAAGGAGAACCGCGCUGUGUUCCGCGGGGCGGCCAGCAGCUUUCCGUUUGAGGACUCUCAGAACUGGCGCGCUCACCCCCUCAUCCGCCUGCACAGGAUGGCGGAGGCUCGGCCGGACCUGCUAGACGUGAAGCUCAUCGGGUGGAGCAUCGCGGGGGACGUGCGCAAGAGGAUGGAGGCGGAUGGAGUGGCCAUGGUGGGGCGCACCUCUCUCACCUCCGAUCCUCCAAUGAGCAAGUUCAAGUACCAGAUCGUGUCAGGCCUGCCCUCCUCGCACCAGACCUGCGCCAUCCUCGCAAGAGGCGAGCAGGUGGCCAUCCGGCAGGCCUCGCCCUAUGCAGAGUUCUUCACGCCGCUCUUAAAGCCCUACGUGAACUUCAUCCCGGCCAACCGGCACUUUGACAACCUGAUUGAGAAGCUGCGGUGGGCGCAGAGCCACGACAACCACGUGCACCACAUGGUGGCUGCUGGCAAGCGGGCGGCAAAGUGGGCGUGCACGCGUGGCGGGCACACGCUUUACUGGGCCAUCCUCCUUAUAAAGUACUCCAAGAACGCGCUACAAGACCCCUCCACAAUCAAGGCCCCGGUCAAGACUCUCUGCCAGGACCCCCUCGAUCCCGCCCUCCUGGAAAUGGCCGGCCUUGCUGCUGCCUCCUCCCCCACCUCCUCUCCCUCCCUCUCUCUCCCGGACUCCUGGCCCCCCGUGUGUUCCCGUGACAACAUUGAUCGCAGCGCUCAGCCCAAGUGUGUCUAUUACUGCCAGAAGGGGGUUAUCCCCGGUAAGAGCUUUGUCUGGGUUUCGGCAGAAGCCCUCAAGGCUGGUGGUGGGGCGCAAUCAGCGUAG